AUGGCGACCUGCUCUAAGAGGAGUCGCUUCAGUACUGAAGUUGUUGUAGGAGCUUUAGAAGAUAGAAAUGUGUCCAACAGUGAUUGUGGAGGAAUGUCAAGUGGAGAGGAAUCGGACAUUGACCGCCAACUAAUGGAUCUGGACAAAUCGAUGAGGUGAGUCUAAAAUAUGUUACGCGGCCAUGUCGGAAAUAUUUUUUCGUGUUUGGGAAGUGAUGUAAUUUUAGUCGAUAUCUUCAUAUGUUGUCUUUUGAAACAUUGCUUAUCAUAUCAGGAAAUUGUUCAGAGACGUAUUGUGUUAUGAGCAAGAAAUGCAAAAUCUUGCAAGUGCUGCAGAGCUCUCAGAGUACAGAGUGCCUAAUUAUGUGACACAUGGCCUAUUGUCAGUGACAAAAUUUAAAUACCCCGAUUGAACGCUUUGCAUACAGUUGUGUACUCCCAGGAAAUGUCUUGUAUAUAUAAUGAGAACAUAUUUGGAGCACUAGAAGUACUAUUUCACAACUGAGAGACAGAGCACUUAUGCUGAAUUCAAUGUUCUCAAGAAACUAUUUGUCAGCUACCAUUGUUUACUGCAUGAGAUAUAAGCUGCAUUUACACAACAUGAUUUUUUGGCCCAUGGACCUGUAUUUCUGGCCUGCCAAUUUGCGUUUACAUGACAAUUAUUUUGCUUGGAUGCCGGGCCAUAAAUUUAUAACGAGUACCCCUGAACUUUUUCUGGCACCCUAGCGCCCUCAGUACAAAUGUAAGUGGUAGCUCGCUAAACUGAAUGUUAAUUAAUUUGCAUGGGAUAUUUCAAAUAUGGAGGUAAACAGCGAAAGCUUAAACUCCUAAAGCGAAUGAUUAUUAGAUGGUAUCUCCAAAGGAGUAAAAGAAAGAGAAAUGUUUCAUUAUUAAGUCAUAAGACCACUGUUAAACUCCUAAAUUUGGAUUAAAGAAAGGCAAAGGAAAUGUUUUGUUGAAGCUGUUUUAGCUGUCUUGUGUCGCCCACGAAACCGGUUGUUGUGGAAGCAUCCGAGAUCGUCAGUAUGGAUCAAAAUGGUCAAGCAAACAUAGAAUGAUGAAUUAUGGUACACCAACUUUAAGAGUAACCAAAGGGAUAAAAUACUGAUAAAAUACUGAUACCACUAUGCGUUUGGUAAUUCCGCCAAAACAACAAUUAGCCCUUACCUUGUAUAGAGUACAGAACAAUCGGCAAUCUUUUUGGAGUCUCUGUAUCAUUUGUUUGCCUGUGUGUGAGAGUCGUGUGCCGUACUAUUACUAAACGAUUGGCCAAAGUGAUCAAUUUUCCUCUCCUCCGCAGAGGCUUUUAUAGUUUUAAAGAAUAUGAAAUUCGAAGGAAUUGAAAUUGCGCUAGAAGGUAUCUGGUAUGAAGACAACCGCUGAGAAUCGGCGCGAGGGGAAGGGAAGGGAAAAAAUAGCGGAAGCCUCUGCCCGAUUUCUGUCCCAAUAUGGUGUUAAACUGGGGGGAGUGCAGAUUCUCGAGCAGUUUGGCAAAAUGGCUCAGUUGGGUAUGAAUUAUUCAUUUCCACAAAGGCAAUUUAUUUUGGCUUUGCGGAGUGGGAAAACGUGUUGUGCUGUCUGUGGUUCACAAACAACAGACAUAUUUAGUCAAGUAGGCCUUCAACAGCAUUACCGAAUUAGACACAGAAUUCGAUGAUAAUGCGCUGAAAGACGGAGUGAAAUGUUUGAGAAAAUUUGCUGCAAAUGAAACCAAGGAAAACUUGAUAGCCCUUUCAGAACAGAGAAAAAAUUUGGUAGGUACAAUUUUUUUUGGCUUUAUACUUUGAAUUGCUGAUGUAUUUUACAAUGAAUGUGUGUUUUAAUAUAGGAUUUUGAUAAUUACAAGAUUUUUGAUGUUGAAGGCGAUGGUGAGAGCAUGGUGUUGUGUUGUUCAAACGAGAAAGAGGCAGCAAAGUUGUUUGGGAUAUAUUUAGACCAUAAAGUCUCCUUGCCAAAACUGGAAAAUAGUGGUGAAGGCAUGAAAAUGAAUGUUAAUAAUAACUCAAUGAACUGCACGUUCCAAUUGUGGAAAGCUCAAGACAAAGUGCAUGCAGAAGCAAUCUACUACAAAUUGGUAAGGCAAAAUGCCCCUGCAUACCAAAAUAUUAAAUUUUUCAGCCAGUACCCUGGCUCUCCUAUUAAAACUUGCUGCAACCUCAGCCAGUAUCCUGGCUCUCCUAUUAAAACUUGCUGCGACCACAAGGUCUGGCCAUAAUGACAUGAUUACAGGGUAUGCUAGAUAUAUUUGAAUGCAUGCUUUGCAUAUUUGAAAUAUAAAAAUAGGUGUUUAAAUAUGUAAAGUACUGGAUAAAUGUUCCGGGGUCAGCUUUGCCAAUUUCAAAUGUUUUAUAGUAUAUUUUCCUCAAUUGUCUUCAUACUAGAUGUUCAUGUCAUCAAUGUCCAUUGUAUGUAAAUAUUUUUGCCAAACUUGUUGUAUUUUUUUUUAGAAAACACCUACCACCAUUUUGCCAGCACCAAAUCUGUCAAGUUGCCAAACAUCCCAACCAGAAAUAAGUGCCAUUCUUGUCCAGGAAAAUAGGGAAUUAUCAUUACUGAAAUAUUUGUAUCGAUAUGACUCAUUUUGCUCUGGUCAGCUAGAAGCAAUUCAGUUCAUAUUGCAAGGGAAGGAUACUCUUACACUUAUCCCAACUGGAGGUGGGAAAAGUGUAGUAUACACUUUGCCUGCGAUUCUGAAUCAAGGACUUUCAAUUGUCAUUGAGCCUUUGAAAUUGAUCAUGGAAGAACAGUGUGAGAAACUAAGACAAAAGCAAAUACCAGCAUUUUUCUAUAAUUCAUAA